AUGGCGUCCAUGUCGCCCACAAGCUCGGCCGUCAUCGGCCCUGCAUCCGACUUGGAAGCGCCCAGUUCCCCAGCGCACUACGAAGGCAAGUCUUUCAUGUCGCAAGCCGUGACGGAGGAUGACGACACGCGCAUGAUGGAUUUCACCCCGGAGCCCUCGGAAAAGGCGAGUCGAGGCAAAAGCAAAUCGCAGCCCAAGGACCAGCCCCCGGGGCAGCCAGUUAUCGGCAAAAUUAGGCAUUUGAAGAAGGAGGAUGGCGAGCCGCUUUGGCGCAAGGACAUCCAGUACGACUUUCUACGGGCUGUAUUCGACGACGAGAUGGCCGUGUUCACCAACUCGUACGAGCCCGACCGGCCUCCUCAAGUCUUCGCCGACCUAUACAUCGAUACCAUGGCGAGGAGCAGCAAGACGAGCAAGGUGCUGCGCGACAAGCUCCUGAGCGACCGAGAGGCUGCCAAGAACAUGGCCAUGGUUUGUCUGUUGGUCAAUAUCGGCCGGAUGAACACGACAUUAAACUUUUUCCCUGAGAUGCGAGCCCAGCUUCGAACAUACCAUGCAAUCCCUUCCCUGCAAGCGAACCAAGAUGUAAACCACGACCCCCAUGCCUACAAGCAACUUCAGGAUGCCCCCCGCCUGAAGUCGAUUCUCAAAGGAGGCGCAGAGGACCGCACAGAACCCGAAAGCUUGAACAAGAUCAAGGCUCAGGACGUCCCACGGACGAACCCAGUCAAUCUACUGUUCGUGAUCUGUGCCAACGCGGCUAAGGUUGCGGAGUUGCACUUCCCGCCCGGACAGGAGUUCCACGACCUGAUUAUGAAAACCAACUAUUCGAGCCAAUCGCGUGCCCAUGCCUUCCUUUGGAUCAUGUGGUUCUACCUCGAAUCGGACUUUACCGAAGAAGGAUGCGACGAGAAUCCGUUCGGACCCGGUGUGGAUUAUGGCGUUGACGUCGCCAACCAGGGCGUCCCGCGUCUGGAGGAGCUGACGCCCGAGGAGGAGGCUCAAGAGAAUGUCGAUACCCCAUCCGAGCUGGAGUACGGACGGGAGACACAGUUAAAGCGGGCCAAGAUCCUCGAAGAAGACCAAGCGUACAUUGACAACCAGAACAAGCGCGGGUCCAGAGCGUCCCGUGCCGUUGCCGAGGAGGGACCGGCGGUCCUGCCUAGGAUAAGACCUUCACGACAAGAGUCGGAUAUGGAUAGCACGAGGUCGACUCCACCACCCAAAUUGCUGGUACACAGCGCUAGAGGGUCCGGCCGGCGCGGCGCGCCGCUGAAGUAUCAACUGCUUGAAGGCUCCACAUUAUCACCUGCGGCCGCUGGCCAACAAGGGGCCGAAAGUGUGGGCAGCAACAGGAAGCCGCGUCCUCCCACGGCCCAUCAGAUUGCGGUGGAACGUAACCGGAACGAACGGGUGGAGCACACACUGGACCGCGGGCUUCGGGAGCUUCAUCGGAAGGCGCGGAGGCUGCGCAAGCAAGAAGGAGCCAUCUACCGCGCGUUGCGGCGGGUGGGGGAAAUGCAGGACCCUUUCGAGGACAGCGACAUGGAGGAAGAUAUGCAGCGCCAGCUGGCUGCCGGCAUCGUUCAGGAUGGAGGCAAGUUCCGGACCAAGGGUCUGGCCGGACUCGUUCAGCUCAAGUCGGAGAAGGACGACUUUGGCGAGGAGCCGGCUGCUUAUGCCGCCGCCCUCCGACGCGUGGUCAGACGGCUCGACCGCUGGUCUGCUUACAAUGGCACAAACAAGGGUGUGGUGGCACCGGUCAAGAAGAGGAAGAAGGCGACGGUAGAGGAGCAGGAUGGGGCUAACGGAACGGCGGAGGUUGAGGUUGACAAUGACGAUACGUUGGCGGACAUUGAGGCGGGCGCCAGGGCGCCGAAGAGCCGAAAGCACGGCGGUGCUGGACGUGCCUCGCGCGGCGGGGCGAACAGUAACGACAACGGAGAUGUCUCCAUGCUAGACGUGGGCGAGGGCGAGGGCGAGGGCGAGGAUGCCGAUAAGACGGCUGGCGGCUCUAAUAGUGCGGCAGAGGAAGAGGAGCUGGACGAAAUGGAGAGGUCGCUUCUGGGCAUGGCUCCCGGCAACAGACCUAUGGACUCGGGUUCCGAGUCGGACUAG